GUUGCAAAGUCAUCAUCAACAGGCUGUAACUCUCAUCCCGCCGCGGCACCGGUCUCUAGGGACAAGACAAAGUAGUGUAAUGACAUACCGAAUACUCCGUACCAUACCUUACCCGACUUGUCCGGAACAGUAACUCAACUCUCUUCAUACCAAUCGUCUUCGGAAGUACCCAACGCAGCACGGCCGAGGACCCCGGAGAGAUUGCAAAGAUGGCUACCCUCCUCGACCAAUUGCGGACGCUAAGUAGUGUCGACUGUGACACUCUGGACGCACAAGUGGCCGAACAGUUUGGCCCAUUUGUUGACUGCACCUCAAACCAGGCCAUUGCGUUUGCCGAGCUAUCCAAAGUCGGCAGCGAUGGGAAACCCCUUCACCGACAGUUGAUCGCCGACUCCCUCAAGGUCGCUCACUGGCAAUUUGGCAAGCAGAAAGAUGCAACGCUAGAGGAGCUGGCAGUCGAGCUGAUGAUGGUCAACCUCUCCCUUCGGAUGGCCCCCCACACAACCGGUUAUGUACACGUGCAGACCAACCCAAAGCUGGCCUAUUCCGCCGAAAAGACGGCCAAGAAUGCCGAGCGAAUCAUCUCCCACUUCAAGCAGCUUGCCCCUGACUUUGACACCAGCCGCGUCUGCAUCAAGAUCCCGUCUACCUGGGAAGGUCUCCAAGCCUGUCGGGAGCUCGAGAAGAAGGGCAUCGCCACCCUGGCCACCAUUCUCUUCAGUCUCGAGCAGACGGCCUUGGCAGCCGCCGCCGGAUGCCGCUACAUCGCCCCUUACGUAAACGAGUUACGCGUGCACUUCGACUCUGGCUACACCGACCCCGACCCCGCCCUCGCCUUCACCGGCGUGGCCCAAGCCUACCUCGACUCCCUCCCAGAUAACAGCGACACUUACGACAGCAGCGGCAGCGGCAGCAACGGCGGUGGCAAAAGAACCAAAGUCGUCGCCGCCUCGCUGACCUCAGUCGACCAAGUCAUGCAGCUCGCCGGCGUCCACCACAUCACCAUUCCCCCCCGGCUCCUUGCCGAGCUCGCCUCUACGCCGGCCGCAAGCUGGCGCGGCGCCCCAGCACAAGCCGCGCGGGCCGUUGGCGCAGCGGGUGUUGUUGCCCCGCCGGCGGGCGAGGUCCGGCGUGGUCUCGAGGCCGCGGUGCGCGACGAGGCGCUGUGGCGGAUGGCCUUUACGCGCGCAGAAGGCGGUAGGUGCGAGGGCAAGCUGGCGCAGGCACUGAGCAUCUUUGCGGACAUGCAGGAGCGGCUGGAGGAGAUCGUCCGCCGGGCGGAAAGGGGCGAGGAGGGAGCAUAGGUAGUGCGGCGUGGGGGGUGGGGGGGUGGUGUGACCACUUUGAAUAGGAAGAGUCGGGUCGGGCCUGAGUGUCGUCUCUCCUUUGCUUGUUUCGGCUCGGGAAACACUCACAUACACUUGGACUAUCAUCAUUGGCCUUCUCAUCUAAGAGAGCGAGUACAAAGUGUUGUUGCCUUGAAACAAUCGCACAAACCACAGUUCAUUACGACGCCGUUGGGGGACUGACU